UUUUUUUUUCCUUUUCUUUUGCACACUUUUCACUUUACAGCCUAUUCAACAUGUUAUACUUAAUAAUACACCAAUAAAUGAACUCAAUCAAGAUUCAAUUCACCAUGAAAUGCGACUGAAAGGUUUCAACAAUGACUGGUUCGGUAUAUUCAUGAUUCUUUAUACUGGUGUUGCUUCAGUUGGUUGGAUUAUUUAUUUACUUGUGAUCUCUUUGGAUUAUUAUGGCUAUGUGUUGGAAAAUACACCUUAUAUAUUAACUUACAACUCUUAUGAUCUCAGUAGCAAAGCACUUUGUCUAUUUUGGUUCCUAUCAACAAGUUGGUAUUUAAUCCUCAAUCUUUGUCGAGAUAAGGUUAUCAAUUUCUUCCGUUUACGACAGUCAUUAGACAAAGCAACUUAUAUUCAAGUAGAAACACCACGACAAGUGAUUCAGAUGCUUCAAAAAGGAAAUACCAACAACGAUACACCAUUUUCUAUCCUUUCUAAACUUCAAUCUUUAGAAAUUCGACUUCGUACAACUCUAGGAUUCGAUGUUUUUGUGGAUACACUCAAGAUCAAUACUUCUGUUGAAAAUAAUCGACGUUAUUUUGAAUUCCAGAGUACUCGAUACAUUUAUCAUGAAGGUACCUUUUUACCGGCUUCUAUUCAACUUGGCUCAAACGUAACUGAACUCUUGUCUAUGGCUCAUGGAUUAUCAACAAAGGAAGCAUUGAAAAGGCUAGAAGUGAUUGGUCCUAAUUUUAUUGCUGUGAAUGUUCCUUCUUUUAUUGGUGCUUUAUGGCAAGAAUUGACAGGCUUUUUUUAUAUCUAUCAAUUACAAAUCCUUUGGGUAUACUUCUAUAUGGCAUACUGGCAAAUUGGUGUUUCCGAUACUGGAGUGAUCUUAUUGUCUGCUAUCAUUAAAGUGAUUCUUCGUUUACGCUCUGAAUACCGUGUCAAAUCAAUGGCAGAACAUGUGAAUGAAAUUCAAGCCCUUCGUGAUGACAAAUGGCAAACAAUAUCUACUGCUGAUUUAGUUCCUGGUGAUGUAUUUAGAAUUACUCCUAAUCAAGUAGUUCCUGUGGAUGCCGUCAUAUUGGAAGGUGAUGUGGUUGUGGAUGAAAGUUCUUUGACAGGGGAACCAUUACCGAUUCGAAAAGUUCCAUUACGGGAUGAUGGUUUAUCCUAUGAUAGAUUAGUUUCUGGGAAAAUUCACAGUUUAUAUGCUGGUACAACAAUCAAACAAGCAUCAUCAUCAUCCAUUGGUCUCGUCUUGGAAACUCGCACAAAUACUGAAAAGGGACAAUUGGUGAAAAAGAUUUUAUAUCCUCAACCAGUGUCUUUUAUAUUCCAUGAACAACUCAAAUUGGUCUUUUGUAUUCUUCUCUGUUGGGCUGUAGUUCUUUUGGGUAUUGGAUCUUGGUGGUUAGGUGGUCGUGGCAUGACAGCUUUAUUCUAUGGUCUUACAUGUGCAGCUCAAGUUAUGAAUCCUUUACUACCUGCUAUUCUUGUGGUCGGACAAUCUAUUGCUUCUGGCCGACUUCGACAAAAAGGAAUAUUUUGUGUGGAUUUACCUCGUAUUCUUAUGGCUGGAAAAGUACAAGUGUUUUGCUUCGAUAAAACGGGAACAUUGACUAAGGAGGGGUUGGAAUAUUAUGGUGUUUAUCCUGUGAAACAAACAUCUACAACUGUACAAUUUGAAGGGGUCAAACAUCAUUUCAAAGACUUGAACGAGGAUGAUCAACAACAACAACUAUUGCGAUGGGGAAUGACAUCUUGCCAUUCAGUGACUAUUUUGGAUGACAAAUUUAUUGGGAAUCCUGUAGAUAUAGUCAUGUUUCAAUCAACAGGUGCCAACAUGUCAACAGUGGAUGGAACCGACAUCUUUACCCUAUCAAGUAAUGGUAACGAGAAUCGACGGAACACAACAGAACAACUUGAAAUCAUUCAGCGGUUUGAAUUCCAACAUGCUCGUGCAUCGAUGUCUGUAGCAGUACGUAAUACGAUCACUGGUCAUAUUCAUAUCUUUUGCAAAGGCUCGUUUGAAAAGAUUCAACAUGUAUGUUCUCAAGUACCUAACGAUUAUGUUCCAGUGACUUCCAAUUUAGCUCGUGAAGGUUGUUAUGUUCUUGGUAUGGCUCAUCGUGAUCUCGAUCAAAUAGAUCCUGAUAUUGUACGUGGAUGGUCUCGUGAUGAAUUGGAAUCAAAUCUCUCCUUCUUGGGUUUGGUAUUAUUCAAGAAUUUACUGAAAGAAGAUACCAAGGAUGCAAUCACGCAACUGAAAGAAGGUGAUACUCGUACAGUGAUGGUGACAGGCGACAAUGCUUUGACAGGUGUAUUUAUUGGACAACAAUGUGGAUUGGUACCUCCUCACGUUCGUGUUCUUGUGGGUGACAUGAUCUCAUCGACAAGUACUGGUGAUACAUCUGAUAUAAAAGACGAAUUUUACAAAGAUGAUGAUGAUGAAAUAAAUGAAAAAAACAAACUAGGAUUAUCAAUGGUGGUAUGGCAUGAUGCUGAAACUGGUGAACGCGAAUACGAUGUUGAUUUGGCCCUUCAAACUCAAAAUGUGGAAUUAGCAGUGACUGGAAAAGCAUUUCAACAUCUCCUAGCAACUGAUCAAAUGCGACAUUAUCUCUUUUCAACUCGAAUCUUUGCCCGUAUGACACCUUUAGACAAGAUGCAAUGUGUGAAACUCUUUAUGGAACGUGCAGUGACGGCAAUGUGUGGUGAUGGAGGCAAUGAUUGUGGAGCACUAAGAACGGCGCAUGUGGGGAUUGCUAUGUCUGAAGCUGAAGCAUCUGUGGUCAGUCCUUUCAGUACUCCUAAACGAUCAGUACAAGCAUGUGUGGAUCUCUUGAUACAAGGACGUGCUGGAUUAGCUACCUCUUUUGCAAGUUACAAGUAUUUGAUUAUGUAUGGUGAAACAUUUGCAACCAUCAAAUUUUUGACCUUUUAUUAUACAAUGUCUUUCUCUCAAUGGAAUUUUAUUUUGAUCGAUGCCUUUAUUACUGUAUUUUGUGCUUUUGCUGUAACUCAAGCUGGAUCGGCUAUCAAACUAUCGAAACAUCGACCCACAGCUCGUAUUCUUGGACCUGAAGUACUCUUUUCAGUACUUGGACAACUUUUCAUCAAUGCUUGGUUUUUGAUUGGUGCUUAUAUUUGGUUAUAUACACGGGACGACUUUUUCAGAUGUCAUGAAUGGGAUGCCAGAGCAACGGAUAGUUCGAAAUGGUGGUUACUUGGUGAUAGUUUUGAAGCUGAUAUUUUAACGUUCAUUACAUUAUAUCAAUUUGUCAAUGCUGGAUUUGUCUUCAACUAUGGUUAUAUCUUCCGCAAAUCAUGGUAUCGAAAUUAUCUUUUGAUCUGUAUUUGGGCAUUAUUUGUGGCCAUUGUCAGUUAUUGGGAAUUAGCAGAUCCCAAUUCAUUUGGAUGUCUUAUGCGUUUGAAUUGUGGUGAUCCUGAUGUACUUGUGGCUUUGGGAUAUCCUCGACCUGACUAUGCAAUUGAACCUUACAAUAAUCCUUGGGGUCACAAUGUAUUACCAAGAUCAUUUAGAUAUCAAUUAUGGGCUUAUUCCAUUGGAAACUUUUUAGUGGUCAAUGCUUGGGAAUUACUGGUUGUUCUUGGCCCUAUAAGGAACUAUUUACGAUCAAGAUAUCCAUUGAAACGACUUCAAAUUCCAUUAUAGUAUCUAGUAUUUUAUUAUUUAUAUUAUCCACAUCAUUUACUAAUAAAUAAAUAAAAAAAAGAAGAGAUGAUUUUUAUUCUUCA